UACUUAUUUUACUGGAGAUGUAAACACCUGUGAGAAGUUACAGCUUCUUUUCCCUUAUUGCUCCCCUUUUGAUUGUUGGUUUACUUAUAUUCUAGCUGAAAACAGAAUGGCACUUUCCUCAUAGCUUGGAAGUAGUGCUUCACUGAUAUUGCAGGAAUAUAAGAUCCAGCACAUUAGCCAGUUUUCACAGCUAUUAAGGCCAAAAGGGACUGUUAAAAUCCUCGUAUCUGAUUUCCUGCAUGACAUAGACCAAAGAAGCCAUUGAUUUCUCCAUCUAGUUCAGUAACUUCUUUUUGAACUAGAGCUUAUGUUUUAGAAAGAUACUUAAUUUUGAUCUAAAGGCUUCAAGGGAUGGAGAAUUAACCACUUCCCUUGGUAAGCUCUUCUAGUGGUUAAGUACUUUCACUGUUUAAACAUUUCCAGUCAUCUUCUUUUCAGCUUUAAUUUUGCUGACUACAGUCUCUGGCCACUGGAUCAUGUGUGUCUUUGUAUUGAUUACAUAGCUCAUGAAUGUUGUUGCUUUCCCUGCAUAGAUAAUUAUGGACUUCAAAACAAGUCACCUUGCUUCCUUAAAAUGGCUUUUUUUAGUUUUGAGGUCAGAAUGCUGUAUUCAAAAUUGAAAGUGCUGAUCGUUUUACCAUGAAACUCUGAUGCUUGGGUGCUUAAAUAUAUAUACCAUAAAUUAGUGAAUAUAGCCUGCGGGUUGUCCAUAUUUUUUCCUCCCCCCCCUCCUCUCGCGGGGUAUAUAUGUUCGUGUUUUAUGCAAUUUGAUUUUUACUCAUACUACAAGAAGACAAGAUCAACAUAAUAAAAUCAGCAUCUUUUUUUCUCCACUCACGAACAGACUUUUCAUUAACUGAAAAUUUUCUGCCUGCUGCUCUAUUUGCCAUUUUCUUUUGCAUAUGUAACAACAGAUAGUUUAAAAUUGGCUGUAUAUGAUUUGCACUGAGUCAUCUUUAAAAAUAUUUUCUUGGACUGUGUUUGUUAUAAACUGAGAAAGUUUUAAAACGUUGUGAUUGGUGUAGGUCUUAUAUACCGGUAAUAGGGUAGUACUUAUUGCUUUUUAUAGCUCAGCGGCCUCAGCCAUGGUUCAUUACCGGUAUAACAAGACCCAGUAUUAUCGGGCUGCAUGACGUUGUAAUCUUCAAUCUUUAUAGCUGGCAAGUGGCAACCACAUCAAAGACCACCAGAUUCUUUUAUGAAGGCGGCAGAAGUCUCUGUGGGUUAUGUACGUCUGCGGGUAUUCUAAUAUAUUUUUUGCACACAAUAGAAAAACUGCGGGUAAUACAUGAGUGUGUGUUAUACUUGGACGUGUGUUAUAUUCGCUAAUUUAUGGUAGUAACAUAAGUAUUUAUGUACUUCGGUGUUAAUUCAACACCUGAUUCUUCUAUGCAGGUGUCCAGGUUAAGCACCCAGUUAUGAAAAUUACACUUUCCCUGCCCUUCAACUCAUUUUUGUUUUUCUGACCCCACCCAUGCGUACCACCUUCUUACAUACUCAGCACUGGAGUCUAGCAAAGCGUGUUUAUCCUUUACUGUAAUUAAAGCCAUUACAAAGCAAUAAAUGAGUCAGAUUUGGUUUUCACCAAAAAUCCAUGUUUUUAAGAAAAGAUCAAGAAUUGGGAAAAAAAAUCUUAAACUAGUUGACCUGUUUUAUGACUGGAUAUUAAAAUAUAAUCAAAUGUUGCUCUUAAGUUUAAUUCAGUUUUUUAGUAAAAUGAAAAAAUGGAUGGACAUGUCAGACCUGCCACAGGAAUUUCGGGAGCGAAUGGAGAGGCUGGAAAGAAACUUUGAAGUGUCAACUGUGAUUUUUAAAAAGUUUGAGCCAAUAUUUUUGGAUGUAUUUCAAAACCCUUAUGAGGAAACACCUAAACCACAAAGGAGCAGGAAACAGAGAAGGAAGUGUACUGUCAAAGAACUGUUCAACUUCUGUUGGACACUAUUUGUUUACACCAAGGGUAAUUUCCGUAUGAUUGGAGAUGACUUAGUAAAUUCCUAUCAUUUGCUUCUGUGUUGCUUGGACCUGAUUUUUGCAAAUGCCCUUUUGUACCCAGAUAGGAAAGAGUUGCUAAACCCAUCAUUCAAAGCUUUACCCGCAGACGCUCACACUUCUGAAGUCAAGGCCUCUGAAGAACCUUCUUGCAUCAUUGCCACGCUUUGUGAACUACAUGAUGGACUCGCAUUGGAAGCCAAAGGAAUAAAGGAACACUACUUCAAACCGUACAUUUCCAAACUCUUCGACAGGAAGAUUUUAAAAGGAGACUGUCUCUUGGAUUUUUGCAGCUUUGCAGAUAACAACAAAGCAUUGAAUAAGGAGUAUGAAGAGUAUGUGCUAUCAGUUGGUGACUUUGAUGAGAGGGUUUUCUUAGGAGCAGAUGCAGAAGAAGAAAUUGGAACUCCCCAAAAGUUUGCUGUUGACAUGCCAGUAGGGAAAACAACAAGAGCUUAUGUGGAAUGUCAUCUUCAGCAGCAUUUUGAAAAGAAAAGAUCAUUUGCACCUUCUACACCACUGACUGGAAGGAGAUAUCUGAGAGAGAAGGAAGCAGUAAUCACUCCUGUAGCUUCAGCAACACAAAGUGUGAACCGGUUACAGAGCAUUGUGUCUGGAUUGAAAAAUGCACCAAGUGAACAGCUUAUAGCUCUCUUUGAGUCUUGUAUACGCAACCCUAUGGACAGCAUCAUGAAUACAGUAAAAGAAAUCGGUGAGACUUUCUGUCGGAGCUAUACUCAGUCAAUAAAUGACCAGCCAGGAUCUCACAUAGAUUUUGCUGUUAACAGACUAAAACUGGCAGAAAUUUUGUAUUACAAAAUUUUGGAGAGUAUAGUGGUACAAGAAACACGAAGACUGCAUGGAAAGGACAUGACGGCUCUCUUGGAGCAAGAUAUUUUCCAUCGUUCCUUGAUGGCAUGUUGUUUGGAGAUUGUGCUAUUUGCAUAUAGUUCACUGAGAACUUUCCCUUGGAUUAUUGAGGUUCUUGAUCUCCGACCUUUCUAUUUUUAUAAGGUGAUUGAAGUACUGAUUCGAUCUGAGGAAGGACUCUCCAGAGACAUGGUAAAGCAUCUCAACAGCAUCGAAGAACAAAUUCUAGAGAGUCUAGCCUGGACCAGCGACUCUGCCUUAUGGAAAGCUCUACAAGCCUCAGAAAACAAAGUCCCAACCUGUGAAGAAGUAAUAUUCCCAAGUAAUUUUGAAGUAGGUAAUGGCGGAAGUGGGCUAGGGCACCUCCCAAUGAUGCCCGUAUCUCCUAUUGUGCACCCUCGGGUGAAAGAGGUUCGCACAGAUCUUGGUGGGAGUUUACGGCGGGACAUGCAGCCAUUGUCACCGAUCUCUGUUCAAGAGCGCUACAGUUCUCCUACAGCGGGAAGUGCUAAGAGAAGGCUCUUUGGCGAUGAUAGCCCAAAAGAAAUGCAGGUAGAAAAGGUUCUAUCUGAAGGAACUAAGUUAAAAAUUGCUUCAGGCAUUGCAGCUGAAAAUGUGUCUGUCUCACCGGGACAGACAUUGUUGACAAUGGCAACAGCUACUGUAGCAGGGACAAUGGGACAAAAACUUACGAUCCCGCUGCAUGGAAUUACAAACGAGACUGGAAGGAUCACUUUGAUUCCCAUUUCAGUGAAUUUAUCUCAGCAGUCUAAAGUAGAGAAUCAUGGACAAGUACCUCUCACUGCUCAGGCUUUAAUUAGUGCAUCUCCAAACCAUUCCUCUAUGAAUCAAGCAGAGGAACUUCACUCUUUGCUGUGCUGUUUUCCAUCCCAGGUAUAUCAUUUAGCAAGUGUGCGCUUGCGUGAUUUGUGCUUAAAACUGGAUGUUUCCAUUGAGUUGCGCAGAAAGAUAUGGACGUGUUUUGAAUUCACAUUAGUUCAUUGCACUGAUCUAAUGAAAGACAGACAUUUGGAUCAACUCCUCCUUUGUGCCUUUUACAUUAUGGCAAAGGUGACCAAAGAGGAAAGAACUUUUCAGGACAUAAUGAAAAGCUACAGGAACCAGCCACAAGCAAACAGCAAUGUGUACAGGAGUGUUUUGUUGAAAAAUAGUCCCAAAGAGGUCACAUCCGAAAAUACAAGUUUAACACAAGAUGUGGAGAUGAGAGGUAGUGACUCUCCUGGGAAAGUGUAUCAUUCACGUAUAAGAUCAAUACCAGAGAACUCCAGUGACUCGGGAAAGGAGGAGAGAGGAGAUCUGAUAAAAUUUUACAACACAGUCUAUGUAGGAAGAGUAAAAUCAUUUGCACUCAAAUAUGAUGUCACAAACCAGGAUCACAUAAUGGAAGCCCCUCCACUUUCUCCGUUCCCCAACAUUAAACAGCAACCCGUGUCUCCUCGGCGGAUAUCUCAGCAGCACUCCGUGUAUGUUUCCCCACACAAGAAUGGAGCCUGCCUGACACCUCAGACUUCUCUACUGUACAAGUUUAACGGGGGCCCUUCUAAGAGCUUGAAAGACAUCAACAAUAUGAUCAAACAAGGCGAACACAGGAGUAAGAAACGAGCAAUUACGAUUGACAGUGACAGUGAGUCUCCAGCAAAACGACUCUGCCAGGAAAAUGAUGAUGUCUUACUAAAACGUCUUCAGGAUGUUGUCAGUGAAAGAGCAAAUCACUAAUCUCUACAAGGAGCUGAAGCCCCCAACGUUUAUCGCAUUUGGAAGGCAGUAUUGCCAGUUUUCCAGAUGGGGUGCGUGCAAGCCGUUUACUAAUUAAUGUGUAAAAUUGGACUGUCUCCUGACUGACUGUGGAGAGUUAGAGGCUAUUGGUUUUAUUGUAGUCAGACGCUCUAUGAAUCUAUCUGCUGAUCAGCAUGUAGAAAUGGUUCUUUGAGCCGUGUCAGCGGCGCCGUCCUUAGAAUGAAUGGGAUCCCACAUGACUUGUUCCCACCUCUAGCCCAGGCCCCCCUGCACUCACCCCGUCCCUUCACCAUGGGAGAGUCCAGCAGAGAAGGGGUUAAAUGCCUCACUUGGCUGUGAGGCUCUCUAUAAGUCAGAGUGCUCCAGCCUGCAGCAAGCAGGGAGCUGGGUUCAGGCAGAGCCACUGCCAGGGGAGGAGGUAAAAGGGACAGCUUCUCUAGGGCCCUGCAAUUGAAGAGGCCUCAACGCUCCCAGUCACUGGCACUGCUAUCGCAGUAGCAGCCAGAGUCCCAGGCUUUUUAAAUUCCCACUGGUGCCCUGGACAUCACAAGCUGUGGUGGAGACUAGCUCCCACCCCUGCCCCUUCCAUGUUCCAGUGCACCCCCCCACACACACACACACACUUUGCUGAGGGGCUUGGCCAGUCUGUCCGCAACCCUGUUUGGCCUGUGGCAGCAAUCAGGUAACUUCCCCGCCCACCCCUGCACAUGUAGCCAAGACUCACCCCCCGACACAGGACCUGUGGGCUUUAUGCAUAGGGAUGACGGGGAGUCAGAUCUUCACCUCUAACCUGCUAGUGUCGCAGUUCUGCUUGGAGCAAAAGGGUCAGCUUCUAAUUGCAGUGGUUCUAGUUUUUUAAAUUGAAUUGACUGGCUGUGGGAAAGCAGGGGUAAUCACUCUCCGUAGCCUUUGGGGAUCUGUUUGCGAGGAAACACCUCAAGUGCCUUUUGAUUUUUACAUAAAGCAUAGAGACUCUUAUGUGUUACUUCAGUGUCGACAGAUCGGGAGAAAGCUUGUUUGUUUUACUACAUUAAGGAUUAGGUAAACCCGUCUGUUCUUCACUCUGCAUUCUAUAGCACAUGAAAAAAGUCACCUUUUAUCAGAGACUUGAGAGUGUGAUUUGAGCAGGGUUAAUUUUUGGCUUUUAUAGCUGAAUAUAACUAAUAAAAUGCUGUACUCCAGCUACUUUCAGAUGUCAGCUAAAACGAAUAUUGUGACAUGCAUUCAGUAUAUUUCUUAUCCUUUGGAAAUUAAAUUAUCUAGUACAACUGCAGAGGCCUAAACUUCUAGAAUGUUGGGAGGCUGUUUGCGAGCCACUUCUGAACUGUGCUACCAGAGCAGUGAAUGCUGCCCCUGGAAACAGAUCUGAAGCACUCCUUCCUUCUGCACGGCUCUGCAGUGCUACAUAGUCAUAGAUACUGUAUCUUAACUGAGAAGGGCUAGGUUGUAUCAGUAGUGAUUAAACAGGUUUGGGCUUUAGCCAUCGGUUACUGCUGUAACCAUGUGUGAUCAUUCAUUUAAUGAACUUACAGUUUCUAUUCUUUAGGAUUUUUGUAUUUUUUCUGACAAGUGUACUCUCAUAUGUUGUGUAGUAUCUACACAGAAUGUAAGCCCAACCAAAGGAGGCGUGUUUGUACAUAGGAUUUUUGUAGCUGUUAUAUGUAUAGCUUUAGCUGUGUUCCAAUGGCAUUAUGUAAAAUUCCAGCAAAACUCCUACAGCUAAAAUGUUAAUGAAAGACAAUUUUGAUAGGUUUGUUUUAUCAAGAUGAGGAAAACUUGUGUAUUUUAUGCUGUAUAUAAACAGUCUGAUUUUAAACUUAUGAUUCUAAGCUUAGAGCCAUAAGGUAAUUCUGUAUUGUACUUUUCUGUUCAAAGUUUCUGUAAGCAUAUUGUACUUACAAACUUCAACUGUCUUUUAAUGUACAAUUCUUUUCUUGAGCUCUGAGUAUUUUACUCAAGUUGUAAUUAGCUUGGUUACUGAGCAUUCCAGGAUUUUGAUGCAUCAGAAUUUUCAAUGGAAGAAAGAAGUUAAGUCACAUGUUCUAGUCUCACCCAAUUUAUCUGGUAACAGAAUGGGAAAUCUGAUGUAUGAAAUUGAUUAUAAAGGAGAAAGUUCAGUUUGUAUAUUCACAUUGGUAAUCAACAAUGAAGGGAAAGUUCCCAAGUCCCCAAGGGUUUUGAUAACAGACUAACUUUGUGCAGGUUUACACUGCUCUGAGAGAGGUGCUUUGCCUUUUGAAAGUUUUAAGAAUGAAGACUGCGGUGUUAUAAAAGGCAUAACAAAAGAUAAAAGGAGCUAAUGCAGAUUACAGUUAAGAUUAGUAUAUCUUUUGUAUGUAAUAUGUUAAGGGUUGACCAACUUCCAAUCUUGGGUUACUGACCAGAUAUAUUUGUGCAGAGGUAAUCAUAGGCCUGAGCCCAGCCCAGGAAAAACGACCCUGGUGUGAAAAGAGAUCUUGAUUUAGAUUUUAUAUAACCAGAGCCAAUUGUGCUUAAAUCUUUGCAUGAGGAAUUAUAUUCAUCCAGAAAAUUAGGCUAGGAUGGACUGCCAAAUAGUACAGGUCACUCAGCAGUAUGGGAUGAUGCAUUAAUUCAGUCCCUUGGUUUUAAUUUUUCAUCAUGUGAACCCAGCAUUUUAGGAAUAUGCUAUCUUUCAGUUUCUGUAAUCUUAAAUUAAAGUAGUACUGCUGACACUUUGUUAAUUAUGAUUAGAUUUCAUUUUUAUAUUAAAAUUUUAAGUAUUACAUUGGAUUUAAUACAUUUGACCCAGAAUAGAUGCAAAUUUUGAUAGAGCAGAGACAAUUUUGGACUUGAACGGUUUGACAGGCGGUUAGAUUUUUUUAGAGUUUUUUUGUUGUGGUUUAAAAGUGCCUUCAUUUGUAAAAAGUAAACCGUUCUUUAAAGCUG